GGUACACGUCGUUUCCAUUUCACCGUUGAUGGAAACAAAAGGUCAUCUGCGAAAGUCUCAGAUUCAAUUUCGACUCAGUAUCCAGUUGUGGAUCAUGAAUUCGAUGCGGUUGUUGUUGGCGCAGGAGGGGCCGGCCUGCGAGCUGCAUUUGGCCUUUCUGAAGCAGGAUUCAAUACAGCAUGCAUCACCAAACUGUUCCCCACCAGGUCCCACACUGUUGCAGCCCAGCUAGAAAAUUACGGCAUGCCAUUCAGCAAAACCGAAGAUGGGAAGAUUUACCAGCGUGCAUUUGGUGGGCAGAGCCUCAAGUUUGGGAAGGGGGAUGAACAUCACCUCAUAUGUUGCCUUAGUACUAAUCCUAGUUUAAAAUGUGGACCAUUGAUUUUCUCUCAGUCUCUGAGAUACGACACCAGCUAUUUUGUUGAAUAUUUUGCCUUGGACCUUCUAAUGGAGAACGGGGAGUGUCGAGGUGUCAUCGCACUGUGCAUAGAGGAUGGGUCCAUCCAUCGCAUACGCGCCAAGAACACGGUCAUUGCCACAGGGGGUUACGGGCGCACCUACUUCAGCUGCACGUCCGCACACACCAGCACCGGUGAUGGGACUGCCAUGGUCACCAGAGCGGGCUUGCCCUGCCAGGACCUGGAAUUUGUCCAGUUCCACCCCACAGGCAUAUAUGGAGCUGGCUGUCUCAUCACGGAAGGCUGCCGUGGAGAGGGGGGUAUCCUCAUCAACAGUCAGGGUGAGCGGUUCAUGGAGAGAUAUGCCCCUGUUGCUAAGGACUUGGCUUCCAGAGAUAUUGUGUCUCGUUCCAUGACACUGGAGAUCCGAGAGGGAAGGGGCUGUGGUCCCGAGAAGGACCAUGUCUACCUGCAGCUGCACCACCUGCCCCCCGAGCAGCUGGCCGCCCGCCUGCCGGGCAUCUCAGAGACAGCCAUGAUCUUUGCAGGCGUGGACGUCACCAAGGAGCCCAUCCCUGUUCUCCCCACUGUGCACUACAACAUGGGCGGCAUCCCCACCAACUACCGGGGCCAGGUCCUGAAGCACUCGAAUGGGCAGGACCAGGUUGUGCCUGGCCUGUAUGCCUGUGGGGAGGCUGCCUGUGCCUCGGUGCACGGCGCGAACCGCCUGGGGGCAAACUCUCUCCUGGACCUGGUCGUGUUUGGCCGUGCCUGUGCCCUGAGUAUCGCAGAAUCCUGCAGGCCUGGUGAUAAACUUCCUCCAAUUAAAGCAAAUGCUGGGGAAGAGUCUGUCAUGAACCUGGACAAGUUGCGAUUUGCAAAUGGAAGUGUAAGAACAUCAGAGCUACGUCUCAGCAUGCAGAAGGCAAUGCAGAGCCAUGCGGCAGUUUUCCGUCUGGGCAGUGUGCUGCAGGAGGGCUGUCAGAAGAUCAGCCAGCUCUAUGAGGACCUGCAGCACCUCAAGACCUUUGACAGAGGGAUGGUCUGGAAUACUGACCUGGUGGAGACUCUAGAGCUGCAGAACCUGUUGCUGUGUGCACUGCAGACCAUCUACGGGGCUGAGGCCCGCAAGGAGUCCCGAGGUGCCCACGCCAGGGAGGACUACAAGGUGCGGAUUGAUGAGUAUGAUUAUUCUAAGCCCAUUCAAGGGCAGCAGAAGAGACCAUUCGCAGAGCAUUGGAGGAAGCACACCCUCUCCUAUGUCGAUGUCAAAACCGGGAAGGUCACUCUGGACUACAGACCUGUGAUUGACAAAACUUUAAAUGAAACGGAUUGUGCCGCUGUACCCCCAGCUAUUCGCUCCUACUAA